CAGAGGUCGUUGGCAGAUCCAUUCUUAACUAUGCAAACCCCCUUAAAUACAGGUAUCCAUACACGACUGGACUGAGGAAUGUCGUGCCUGUGCGAACGUUAACGUGUCUCCAGUCUGCAGCUCCACGUGCGGGCGGCUCCCGCCCUCCGAGCCCUGAGCAGGGUAGGCGGUCAGGAGACCUGCAGCAGGGCGACAAGUCAGCAUGCUCUGUCCAUGUCGCAAGGGCUCAGCGACGAGCCAGAGGUGAAAGAAAAAAGUAUCAUAUGAAGAGGAGGAAAAAAAAAAAGAAACCACUAAGAGAAUCACAGGCUUUCUCAGACUGAUGGGACUAAGACUGACUGUAACCGUGUUCAGCUGCUGACAGUGUGGAAUUGAGUUGUAUGGUGGACAGAAGACAAGCAGGCGAGAGAAAUCCCCAAAGCCCAGUGAAGAGCCAAUAAGAAUUCAGAGCAUGAUUGGAAACGAGAGGAGAAACUGCUCAAGCCUCAUGCAGGUCAUUCACUAUGGAAACAGACAUCACGAGAGCAACACGAGGAUUAUCAUCUGAAGUGGAAGCUAAGAGGGCAAAAAUGAAGGUGCCUGUAUUCGAGGAUGUAAAAGGUGAAACUGAAGAGACUGAAAAUGUGGAGGAGGAAGAAAAGCAGGAGGACAAGGUGUUUCUUAAACCUGUUAUUGAAGAUCUAAGCAUGGAACUGGCCAGAAAGUGCACUGAACUCAUUAGUGAUAUUCAUUAUAAAGAAGAUUAUAAAAAGUCUAAGGACAAGUGUACAUUUGUGACUGACACUCCUAUGCUAAACCAUGUGAAGAAUGUUGGUGCUUUUAUUUCUGAGGCAAAAUACAAAGGUAGCAUUAAAGCGGAUCUCUCCAACUGUCUGUAUAAGCACAUGCCAGCCACCAUUGACAGUGUCUUUGCCAGAGAGGUGUCCCAGCUUCAGAGUGAGGUUGCCUACAAGCAGAAGCAUGAUGCUGAGAAAGGCUUCUCUGAUUACGCCCACAUGAAGGAACCACCAGAGGUCAGACAUGCCAUGGAGGUCAACAGACACCAGAGUAAUAUCUCUUACAGAAAAGAUGUGCAGGGCACCCACACAUACACAGCAGAGCUUGACAGAGCGGAUAUCAAGAAGGCAACCCAGAUCUCCAGGAUCAUAAGCAAUGUAGAAUACAAGAAAGGGCAAGGCAUAGUGAAUAAAGAGCCUUCUGUGAUUGGAAGACCAGAUUUUGAACACGCUGUGGAAGCUUCUAAGCUUUCUAGUCAGGUUAAAUAUAAAGAAAAAUUUGAUAAUGAAAUGAAGGAAAAGAGCCACCACUACAACCCUCUGGAAAGUGCUUCAUUUAGACAGCACCGGCUCGCUACUGUCCUGGCAAGUGACGUGCAGUACAAGAAAGAUGUUCAAACCAUUCACGAACCAGUUUCAGAUCUCCCAAAUCUGUUGUUUUUAGACCAUGCUCUGAAGGCCAGCAGAAUGCUCAGUGGAUGGGAAUAUAAAAAGAAUUUUGAAGAAAACAAAGGGUUGUACCACUUUGAUGCGGAGGCCUCGGAACACGUGCACCACAAAGACACGGCCGCCCUCCUGAGCCAGGUAAAAUACAGAGAAGAAUAUGAGAAAAAUAAGGGAAAGUCCAUGCUGGAGUUUGUUGAGACACCGUCAUAUCAGUCUUCAAAGGAAGCUCAGAAGAUGCAGAGUGAGAAGGUUUACAAAGAAGAUUUUGAGAAGGAGAUUAAAGGAAGGUCCUCACUGGAUUUAGACAAGACCCCCGAAUUUCUACACUUGAAGUACAUCACCAACCUGAUGAAGGAGAAAGAAUAUAAAAAAGAUCUGGAAAAUGAAAUAAAAGGGAAAGGAAUGGAACUUAGUUCUGAAGUUCUUGAUAUUCAGAGAGCAAAGCGAGCAUCUGAAAUGGCCAGCGAGAAAGAAUACAAGAAGGACCUGGAGUCAGAAAUUAAAGGGAAGGGAAUGCAAAUUGACACCGAUACCCUUGAAAUACAGCGUGCCAAAAAAGCUGCCAAGAUAGCCAGUGAGAAAGACUAUAAACGAGAUCUGGAGACAGAGAUUAAAGGGAAAGGAAUGCAGGUCAGCACAGACACUCUGGAUGUUCAGAGAGCUAAGAGGGCAUCUGAGAUGGCCAGCCAGAAGCAAUAUAAGAAAGACUUAGAGAAUGAAAUUAAGGGGAAGGGAAUGCAAGUGAAUAUGGACAUCCCAGAUAUGCUUCGAGCCAAGAGGGCAUCUGAAAUCUACAGCCAGAGAAAGUAUAAAGAUGAAGCUGGGAAAAUGCUUUCCAACUAUUCCACUGUGGCAGAUACUCCCGAAAUCCAGAGAGUCAAGACGACACAACAGAACAUUAGCAACGUGUUCUAUAAGGACGGUGUAGGAGCUGGCACAUCCCUAAGGAACACUCCGGAGACUGAACGAGUGAAGAAAAACCAGCACAACAUUAGUUCUUUCCAGUAUAAAGAUCAAAACUAUAAGGCCACUCCGGUAAACACGACCCCAGAGAUAGAGAGAGUGAGGAGGAACCAGGAGCAGCUGAGUGCGGUCAAAUACAAAGGAGAGGUAAAGCAAGCAACUUCCAUUUCGGAUCUGCCAGAGCUGAAGAGAGUGAAAGAAAACCAGAAGAAUAUCAGCAAUGUUUAUUAUAAAGGUCAACUGGGAAGGGCUACAGCUUUAAGCGUAACUCCUGAAAUGGAAAGAGUAAAGAAGAAUCAAGAAAAUAUUAGCUCGGUGAAAUACACUCAGGAACACAAACAAAUGAAAGGUAGACCGUGUCUGAUCGUAGACACACCUGCUUUGAGACAUGUUAAAGAAGCACAAAAUCAUGCUUCCAUGGUUAAAUACCAUGAAGAUUUUGAGAAGACAAAGGGAAGGGGCUUCACUCCUGUCGUGGACGACCCUGUGACGGAGAGGGUGAGGAAGAACACCCAGGUUGUGAGCGAUGCUGCCUAUAAGGGUGUCCAGCCCCAUGCUGUGGAGAUGGACAGAAGACCAGGGAUCAUUGUUGCACCUGUUCUUCCUGGAGCUUACCAGCAGAGCCAUUCCCAAGGCUAUGGGUACAUGCACCAGACCAGCGUGUCAUCCAUGAGGUCAAUGCAGCAUUCACCAAACCUAAGGACCUACCGAGCCAUGUACGAUUACAGUGCCCAGGAUGAAGACGAGGUCUCCUUCCGAGAUGGUGACUACAUUGUCAACGUGCAGCCCAUUGAUGAUGGCUGGAUGUAUGGCACCGUGCAGAGAACCGGGAGAACGGGCAUGCUCCCAGCAAAUUACAUUGAGUUUGUCAAUUAAUUCUUGCUCCUUGCCCUUUGAGCUUUAUUCUCAUGUAUUCGAAGCCCAAUCUUUUUAAAAGAUAGAAGAUACUUUUCAGAUAACUUGGCAAUUAUUUUACAAUAAUGUAACCUUACUUUGACAAUUAGACACACAGGUACCAGGAAAAAAGGAAUGACUUUAGGGCUGGAAACAGCAGCAUCCAUAAUAAUUCCUGUAAGCAAAAUAAUUAGGUCUGGAGAUCUGGUGCUGCUAAUUGUGUUUGUGUGGUUUCAUUUGAUUGGCUAUCCAACCUUCUGGAAAAUGUAUUUUUGUAGACCUUAAUAGAGAUGUUGAUUGUCCAUUAAAUGUAACAAAUGUAUAAAACUUCUUAGCUGUCACUUGGAAUCAUCCAAAGCCAAUUCUGAUAGUUAAGCAACACAGCCAAUAAUUUAAAAACUGUCCAGCUUUUGAAUCGGGUAAUUUUCAAUCCAAGUGAGACUGGCCUACUAUAACAAAUAGAAACAGUGGCAGAAUGGGUCUGAUUAAAAUCGUAUUGACUGUAGCUUUAGGGAGCUGGCAGGAAACUUGCCCUUUCCUUAAGCUGACUAAGAACUAGUUAUUUCUCAUGUGUUACAUGGUGUAGCCUAUCUCCAUUUACGUUCUGUGGAGCAGAGCAUCUGCUCAGGUCCCCAGAAGGUCAAGACCAGGUAACUUCACAGCUACUCUGCAGAGGGCAAAGUUCAAUGUCAUCUGUAUUAUUUAGCCAGUCACUUCUAUCCUGUUGCAUGUCUCUGUGGGCUUAAGCUUCUGUAACAUGGCAGCUGCUUGCCCAUCCUUGCUAUUAAUUUCAACAGUGUAGCCCACCUCUCCCUGCCCUUCCUUCCUGUUGCCCGUGUGUCAGAAAAUGUUUUGAAGAGUUGCCUGAGACAUUCUUGCUGUAUUACACUCUAGUUUUGAAAGACUCAUGCCUUAGGAAAUACACAUAUACACUGGUAAAUAAGAGAUCUAUGCAUUUGCUGGAUAGCUUUCAUUCACUUAAUACCACCAUUAAUUUAAAAGUGAAGUAAACUGAACAGCGUCCUGUGUAAGGGCGCAUGGACUGUAAAGUAUACUGGAGGAAAACCAAGGCCCCGAACAGUUAGCAGAGGUCGGCUCCACAAUCAGUCGAUCUGGUCGUAGAAUUUGGCAGUCAGUCUUCAUACUCUGGGAUGGAAAUCUAGCCAGUAAGUACGUUCAUAAAAAAGCUUUAUUCCCCCACCCUGGUUUUUGUUUUCUAAAUCACCUCCAGGGUUAGAUAAGAAUAUCCUCAGUGAUUGAGGGGGGCAUGGAGGUUCAGCAGACAAUUCACUAAGAAAGAAAUCAGUGUCUUGUUUUGUUUGAAUGUGCAGGAGUUUUAUGGAUUCACAGGCCCAAGCACAACCAUUACUGCUGUGUCUUAAAUUUGGUCUGGAGUCUGCACUCGCGGUUACCUGGAUGUUGACAUUUAUCGCAACUCUGCUUUUCUCCUGGGCCCUCUUACUGUGACAGGCAGCUGGGUGACAUUCAGGUGGGAUAUGAAAUUGAAGAGAGCAAAAUCACAAAAAAAUGUAAGAAGACACUGGGCCUAUGGAAAUAUCUGUCUUACACAAUAUGUUUAAGGAAACAAACAAAGCAUCCACCAGUGAAAAGCAUUUGAAAGAAAUGUUUAUGAGGCCAAAGCCCAAGGUUGGUUCAUUUAAACCUUUGAAAAGUAAGCCCAUACUUUUGAAAAUCAUUAGUUUCAUUAGAAUUGCCUUUAAGAGAAGUUUUAUUACAUUGAGGCAUAUUUCUGUGACACUGACAGAAAAUUGAAAAGAAACUUCUUCAAAUAAGAUGUUUUUCUGGAAAGGUUUUUUGUUUUUGUUUUUAAAAUAUCGACUCAUAAAUAAAGAGCUCACCGAGUUUCCUGUCAUUUAAAUAGCCAGUCAUGAGUAACUUUCCUGUUUUCAUGUCUGGAAUACACACCUACAAAGACAAACUGCAGUUGCAAUAAUUUUGCGAAAACCAUGGGUGAUAAACUAGCUCCUUUAUGCUGUUUGUCUUUUAUGCUUCCCCAGACAGAUCACUUGUGUGUGUAUGUGUGUGUGUGUGUGUGUGUGUUUGUGAUUAUCAAGAAGAAGAGUAGUUGCUAAUGAAAACUUCAGGACAAAUGCAGGCAGGUAUGAUUUUUUUAUAAUAGCAUGUGUACAGGAAGUUCAGGAAGUUCAGUGGAAGCCAACUUUGCAGUGAUGCUUAAUAUCAGCUUAGUCUCGUUAAGUGGCAGCUUGAGAGUCCUUGUUUUUGCUGCUCAUUAAUUUCAAACUUGAUGUGAAAAUCAGUACAUACUUAGGAAAUAGGUAUCCUAAAUGUUGAGUUUCACAUAAAUGUUUGCACAGCAAGAUACUUCUGUUUUAAGCCUUUCAGAAUUAAGAUGUGAUCUGAAUUCUAUAAAGGACAGUUAUUUUCAAUAUAGACUGAGGAAGAACAAGAGAUUGUAUGCCUUUGAGGAUAUACAUUGAUAAUCUUGACAUUGUUACUCGCACAUGUAAGGAUGUUACCCAUCUCAGCAGAAAAUAGCAGCAUAGAUGUGUCAUAACCAGGUGCCAUCGUUUGCAGCACCACUUUAAAAGAUACUACAUUCUUGACACCCUUUUCACUUCUCACAUGCCACCCUCCCACUUGCGGUUUGGCAGCUAGUAUCUCACAUGUAACGCUGACAGCUAUAGAAGAACUUACAAACAAGCCCUUUAGAACUCAAGUUAAAGGACUAAAUGCCAAGCGCAGAGAGCAUGCACCUGUUCCUAAAUGGGAUGGAUUCUCAAGCUUGACAGCCGCACAAGAAGCCGCUUGCUCACUCCAGAGCAAGGCUCUGAAGACAAAUGCAUUUGCUUCAUAUUUCUCUUGAGAAAGUUUAGCAAUAGAAUAUACUGCUUUUUGUUGUAAGCUUUUGUAGCAGAUUAAAAAAGAUUUCUUGUUCUUUAGAAAGCGUUCUGUUUCUAACCUGUGACAAAAUGAGUGCUUCAUGUCUUCACUUUGUUUGCGCAUCCACAGCACAGCCUCGUUUGAAAUUUUGAUCUGGUUGUCAUUCUCCAUAGAGGCCCUGUAUCUUCCCAUGUCCCCCAGCCUUCACAGAGUACCCAGGGAUGUCUAAGCACAAUUUCCAGCACCUUGUAUGGGGAUAGAUGAGAUUAGUUCAGUCCCUCUCUUGCCACUUGGCCCUUUCCUUAAAGAUAAAGAUGUUGUUGGCCAGUUUUACUAUACCCUUUCACUCCAGAUCCAUUCUGUGCUGGGUUCAUACCAUUCCAGGAAUCAGGGAGAAACCAUUUCCAUAAAUGAGAGUAAGUGACAAAGCUAGUUUUCAGUUCCACCCACCUCCAGUGGAAUUCUUUCAGUGAAAUGAAAAUGAAAAUAAGUGUGAUCUUUAAUAACACAGCCCCAUGUACAAUGGACAUAGUUUAUACUAAUGUUAUACUAUAGGUAUAUACAAAAUAGGUGCCUUUUGAUUAUGCUUGUUUAACAUUGUAGUCUUGGAAAGGAAACCAAGCACCAAACUUCUGCAUAUUCUGUAACAGUAUUUUAUGAUGCACUAUUGAUAUUUUUGUGGUGAGAAAUGGGAUGCCCCUGACUGAGAGUUGUUACAGGUGGUGAGUGAUUGUAUUUUCCUCCUAAGGGUUUAGAACUUUAGAAAAUGUUGACUUCAAUAUUUUGAAAAGUUAGUUUUUUUGUGGAUUUAUAUAUAUUUGAGAUAUAGAAGCAUUAAGUUUAGGUUUGUGUUUAAAAUUCUUAUGGUGAGAUAGAUUAGUUAUAUUAUGAGGCUGAAUUCACUGAAUAAGAUGAGCUUUAUGAUUUGAUUAUAUUUUAACACUCUGAUAAUCUGAAUUAUUGCAUUUGUAUGGGGCACUACAACAUGACGAUAAAGCUUCAGUUAAGUAGGAAACUAUGUAAGCUAAUUUAGAGAUGCUAAAAACAAAAGUCUCUCUGAAGUAUUCCAUGCCUCUUGGGAUCCUUUUCCAGGUGAGUAGCUGUCAAUAACUGAUGACCAAAAAAGUCAAGACAUUGUGCGAAACUGCUGUGGUCAUCAUUCCAGGUGUGUAAGAAUUGUCAAGCCUGGAAGGCUUCCUGGGACAAUAUCCUUCCCAGUUGUCUGUAACUUCACUGUAUCCACAGGACCUCCACAUACGUACUGUGUGUGAUAGAUUGUAUCAUGUUUGCAUAGCACACACUUCACUGUUGUUUAUUAUUGUUAAAGAUGAUUUCCUUUAAAGGAAAGAGAGAAAACUGCAUUGCAGCCUCUUUCCUUCAUGUCCAUACAAUGAGUUGCAGCGCAUUUCAAAAGUAGCAUCAAGUGUGUAACAGGCACGAUAUUUGACCUGUGAGAAAAACACAAAUUUGAAUGAUGUAGUUUGGCUUCUGUCUGCUUUGAAAUAUGCACAAUUGUGAUUUGUGAUUAAUUUGUAAAAUUGUACUAACUUUGAGAACACAAUGAUUUUGAAAGAAGCGUUAAAUGUUUUUUUCUUUUUUUUUUUUAAAUGGAAGGGGAUCACAGGAUGAUAAAAGGUUAUUAGUAUAAUUUGGCUUUUGUUAUGCAAGUUGUUACCACCAGCUAUUAAAAUAUAUUUUAGUAGAAAUGCUUUAAUUCAUGUUUUUUUUUUCCUCUACACUGUGAAUCUUAAGCCUUCGUGGACCAGAGACACAUUGUGAUGUCCGAAGGACUGACCUAUGCAAAUGAGUUCCCAUCUUAUUGCUGUCACAGGAAACAUGUGCUAAGACAUCAUUUCUCCUCCUACUGUGCAGCAGUAUUGAAACAACACAGGAACCCCGGCCUCCCGGGCAUUACACUGUCGUCGCUCCCAGCGCUCCCAGUGCUCCCAGUGCUCCCAGUGCUCCCAGUCCCUUCCAGCCGACCAAAGUCAUUAGCAUUUGUGUAGAUCACAUUGGUAUCUAUUGAAACGACUUGAAUGAUAGUGGGAGGAAAAUGAUAGACAGGCGUGUUGGCUGUGGCUUUCAUGGAACUAUGUUCUCACAUCAUCUCUGUUUAGGGUCUUGGCAUCCUGUGUCUUCUCUCUGUAUUUGUAAAGCAUUAUGUUGAACUAAUUUCCUAGCAACACAUUUGGUUUGCUUAAAUAAAUACAGGAUAUAACAAAAUUGUUCCACUUCUUGGCUGUCACCGUGGUUUC